AUGAAUCCCACUGUUAGUGAUGAACGAGAUCGGGCAGAGAGAAUUAGACUCAGCAUAAUGGGGCCUCAAACGAGGUCCAGUCGAAUGAGCUAUCGGAUAUCAAGGUUCAAGUCUACGCACACUCUGUACAUACUAUUACUUGCUUCUUUGGCUGUAUUGCAGUUUAUUUCCAUAGCAUUUUUCGCAAAAGGGUUCCUUUUAACAAGGACGGUGUUGGAUAACGUUGCAGAACUUGAUCCCCAGCUUCCCUUCGAAGCUAAAUACGAUAAGAUGGUUUUACUAAUAGUGGACGCAUUGAGGUUUGAUUUCGUUAUUCCAGUAGAUGAAAAUCAUGCCAAGUACAACCCUAAUUAUCAUAACAAUUUGAAAGUUCUUUAUGAGACGGCCCAUAACUCAACGGAUUCUGUCUUGUUGAAGUUUUUGGCUGAUCCUCCCACAACUACGCUACAAAGAUUAAAGGGAUUGACAACAGGUUCCUUGCCUACAUUUAUAGAUGCAGGAUCGAAUUUCAAUGGUGAUGUGAUCGAUGAGGAUAACUUAAUAAAACAGCUUUAUCUGCAUAACAAGAAAAUAUUCUUUGCCGGUGAUGACACUUGGGAUGCCCUAUUUAAUCCGUAUUUGGCUCCAGAAAGUGUACCAUAUGAAUCCUUGAACGUUUGGGAUUUAGACACAGUCGAUAAUGGGGUUAUUUCUUACUUAGAGGAGUAUUAUUUCAAUGAAGAGAAACGGUCUGAAUACGAUAUCUUGAUCGGACAUAUGUUAGGAGUUGAUCAUGUCGGACAUAAGUACGGUCCUAAUCAUUUUACCAUGAAGGAAAAACAGCUUCAAGUUGAUGAGCUAUUGCGGAAAAUUAUAAGCACUGCAGAUGAUAACACGUUAUACGUUGUUAUGGGUGAUCACGGUAUGGACCACACAGGAAACCACGGUGGUGAUUCGCAAGACGAGUUGGAAAGUGUCCUUUGGCUAUACGCGAAGAAUGCCAACUGGAGUAAGGAUUACGACAGUUAUAAUACUACAGAUCUGGGUACUUCAUAUAAGCAAAUGAACCAGAUUGACCUGGUGCCUACCCUCUCCUUACUAUUGGGAAUUCCAAUUCCAUUCAAUAAUUUGGGUUGGCCGUUGGAUGAAAUUGCAAAUGACCCUGAAGAAUUAACGCUUUACCACAAUAUAUGUCGGAACCAAUUAGAGAAAUAUUUGAGCGUCAGUAACAUAAUCGGUGCCACUGCUAGACGUGAUGCGUUGAUAAGCGUCGAGAACCACCCAGAGUUUCAACAAAUGUUCCUUGAAAUUUGUAAAGAUUUGUGGGCAAGAUUUGAUUUCACAAGUAUAUGCGUAGGAAUAGCACUCAUGGCUUUUUCUUUGAUAUUGUUACUCAUUAUAAUCAAGUUGAUACCUUCGAUAGUUGUUGGCCAGAUGGUUGGUGAUUUCGUUGGUUGUGUCGUAGUCAUUUCGGCAAUAUCAAAUGUCAGCUUCCAAGGUAUCUACCAAGUGUUACAUCAACCAGCAUUUUUGGAUAAUUCUCUUUGGUGCUCUGCUUUUGCUACUUCUGUUGGAAUUAUUUUGGGAGUGUUCAUCCCUAUAUUUGAUCGCUAUAGUGUCCAAUGGUUAUGUUUACGUUUGGUUGAAGAACUAUCCGAUUAUUGGUCAAGAAUAGCGACCUUAUUCAUCACAUUGCACGCCCUUCUGUUUACCUCUAAUUCAUUUACCAUUUGGGAAGAUAGGAUUGUCGCUUUCUUGCUAACCACUUUUGGUAUGCUAACAUUAUAUGAAUUCGCGUUCCUACCGCAAAGACACUCAACAGCUGCUAUUUUAUCUGGAGCCGGAGAAAAACAAGGGACUUUAUCCGGUAAAUCUGUGGGCGAAUCUAAUUCAGAUUCUUUACCGCUGGGCAGAUUCGCAAGGAUAUUAGGUGGGUAUCAUUCUAUUGUGUUGGUUCUAUGCACAAGACUCUCUUCCAUGAUUACUAUUUGCCGUGAAGAACAAGGACCAUAUUGCACGCCAACGUUUACUAUCUCCAAUAACUAUUCAUACUAUACCAUGUUGGGGUGUUUAUUUUUAAUUCCUGCAAUCCCUUCUUGUAUUAAGGGUUAUUACAACGUAUGCUCAUCUUAUCAAGCAGCAGCACCGAUCUGGAUCGGGUUGAUUCUAAAGGGUUCUUUGUUUGCGAGUUUCACAUACUGGUCUUUACUGACAAUAGAAAAUAAAUUCGAAGAUUUAGCAUGGGACCUAACUAUCUGGAAAUAUACUAUAUCUCGUAUUAUUGUCGGUAUAUCGUUAAUUGCCUGUAAUAUUGGCUGGAUGAAAGGGCCCCUAUGUGUUAAACUAAACAUCCAUAAUACAGACUUGAAAUCUCAACAGGCCACAAUCUUAGGUUACUCUAACGUCUAUGGAUCCCAAUACUUUCUAUUGGUCAUAAACUUUUUGAUGGCUAUCAUGCUUUUCAAUAAGCCAUUAGGUCAACUAUCAAUAUUCUUAAUGUGCAACCAAUUACUUUCUAUCAUUGAAAUAUGUGACCUACUCAAAGUAAAAGAGAGUUUAAUCGGACCCGUUGCCCUUGGUUUACUAGCGUAUCAACAGUUUUUCAGUACUGGGCAUCAAGCGACAAUUCCAUCAGUUCAAUGGGAUAUGGGUUUCAUUUUAACAGAAAAGAUCAUUUUUCCUUGGACACACCUUGGGAUUGUAUUGAAUACCUUUGGGCCAUUCAUAUUGGUAGCGCUUUCCGUGGCCUUAUUAACUCUUUGGAAGCAACCGCCAAGUGUCUUACAACCACAAACAAUUCUUGCAAGAAUUGUUUCGAAUUCCGGUACUUUGUUGAUAUAUAACAGUGUUCUAUGUUUGAGCAGUUUUGUUUGGGUGACGCAUUUCAGAAGACACCUAAUGGUGUGGAAAAUAUUCUGUCCUCGAUUCCUAUUUGCAUCAUUAUGUUUGAUAGUAAGUCAACUCGUUGUAACAUUUAUUACUAUUGGUUUUGCAAGUUCUAGACUAAUCAGGCAGAUAAGUCAAUUGUUUUCAAAAUAA